UUUAUUACUUCCACUCAGUCUACAUGGAGUUAUCUAGGUAGUGUUGUAUGAGGGCUACUUUUACUUUUUAAAUGGCUUUUAAACUAGUUCCCAGUCUCACAGCACUGAAAUCCAUUCGCCAGUUUAGAUGCUUUCCUGGUGCCUUCAGUGCUGUGACCUCCAGCGGCGGUGUAACGGUGAGACAUGACCGAGAGAACCGGCGCUUCACCGUCAGUCUGGGCAGCGGAGCCGGGCUCGGUGAAUGUGCGGUGCUGCGCUACAGGUUCACCGGGGAGAAGGAGGUGGAUCUAAUGUCAACCAAUGUCCCCGAGUCGUUCAGGGGCCGAGGUGUCGCUGCCGUGCUGUCGAAGGCUGCUAUGGACUUUCUGGUUGAUGAAAACCUCAAGGCUCGUGUUUCUUGCUGGUACAUUAAGAAAUACAUUGAAGAAAACCCACAGCUGGGUUAUAAAGACCUGGUCAUCACCUGAGUGUGUUUAGAGACAGCAACAAAACUUAAUUACAUUACCUCAAGUCAACCAAAAACCUCAUGUGUACGGGCCAAAUGGAAGAUAUGUGUAAAAUAUGCUUGAAAUGAGGAAGCUGUUAUCUGCAGACUGAUGAUUUAAAGUGACUGAUUGAUUUAAACUCAAGAUGUUCUUAUGUAAUUUUGGAGUUGAAGAUGAUGAUGCUACAAGAUGUAUAAGACUGAUUUUUAGGAUGUUUUUUCUGAACUGUUUUUCAUCAAACUGCAUUUUUAAAAUCAUGUCUAUGAUAUUUUAGUAAUGCUUCAUGAAUACUCACAAUUCAAUAAGUAGAUCCACUAGCUCUUCAUGAUGUCUGUUCAACCUGAUAUUGGAAUAUUUAUAUGUCAUCAAGACCAUAUUGCAAGCUGUUUCAUGCCAUAUGUUUGUUUUUAAUAUCUGCACAUCAGCUGCCAAGUAACAUUCACGGAAAGAAUAAUUAUGUUAGCCAUUAUAUGGCUUUUUU